ACAGAAAAUGCUGACAGAUCCAGAAAGGACACAAACUGAAUAAAAGUUAUUUUAAAAAGCUGUUUAAAAGAAGUGUAAAUAAACUUAUUUUAGAUAAAAUUUUAGGUUUCUGCAAAGUUAAUUACACAAAUUAUACGUCCGUUAUUGCUUUUGGAUCAGGACGCACUUUCUCAUCAUGUUCAGAAUGGACCCGGAGAAGUCCCAUUUGGUACCUGAAAAAGCGCCCAGUAUGUAUACCAUGACGACGGGGAGCUUCAGUCUGUCAGUCAGUGAGUCAGGGAAGAAAGAUGGUGACAUCAGCCAUUGCCACGACAACAGCCGUGCACUUGAAGACAGGGAGAGGGAGAAAAAGCAGGCCAGGAAACGCCUCUACAUUGUCUCCAUAAUCUGUCUGGUCUUCAUGGUUGGGGAAAUCUUUGGUGGAUACUUUGCAGGCAGCUUGGCAGUGAUGACAGAUGCUGCCCACCUGCUAGUAGACUUCACCAGCUUCCUCAUAAGCCUGUGCUCUCUCUGGCUGUCGUCUUGGCCUGCUACACACAGGCUUAACUAUGGCUGGCACCGGGCAGAGAUCCUGGGUGCACUGCUGUCUGUCUUCACCAUCUGGCUGGUGACAGGUGUGCUGGUGUACCUGGCCAUUGAGAGGAUGAUCAAUGAUGACUACACCAUCGAGGGUACAGUCAUGCUCAUCACAUCCGGAUGUGCUCUCCUCGCCAACAUCAUAAUGGCGCUCACCUUACAUCAAUCAGAACAUGGCCACAGCUCUCAUGGACACACCCACAGCCACGGGCAUAGCGCACCAGGGAAGGAGGGAUCUAGGUCGCGGCCCCAAGCGAACAGCAGUGUGCGGGCGGCCUUUGUGCAUGUGGUGGGAGACCUCCUGCAGAGCAUUAGCGUGUUGAUUAGUGCCAUCAUCAUCUUCGUCAAGCCUGAGUAUAAAAUUGCUGACCCUAUAUGCACAUUCCUCUUCUCUGUGUUUGUGCUGGGCACCACCGUAAGCAUUAUGCGAGACAUCCUGCUGGUUUUAAUGGAAGGAGCCCCAGCAGGGGUGAAGUACAGUGAAGUGAGAGACCAGCUUCUCGCAGUGAAAGGAGUUAAGGCUGUCCAUAACCUGCACAUCUGGGCCCUGACCAUGAACCAGGCUGUUCUUUCUGCACACGUGGCCAUAGAGGAUGGCAUGGCACCCCAGCCUGUGCUGAAAGAGAUCACCCAGGUCUGUCUCACCAGCUUUAACUUCCACUCCGUCACCAUCCAGCUGGAGCAGCAGUCUGAUCAGAAACCCGGGUGCACCCUCUGUCAAGACCCCAAGAACUAGCCUUGCCUUAUCAAAGAAUAUGAUACAGUCAUAUAUGGCAUCUAAAAUACUGUACAUUAGAUACAUUCUGGAUGUGCCUGAAUAUAUGCCUGGCUAAAUCCCAGAUCUGGCUCUCGCAAACUUGCCACCAAAAUCAUCCCCUGAUUUAAUUGGCUAAAAAAUAUUCUCUCCCUCUCCACCUUCGCUAAUGUGUGGUGAGCUUUCUGGCGCAAAAUGGCUGCCGCGCAUCACCCAAGUGCUUUGGUGUACAUUGGUGGUGGGUGAGGUGAGUUCCCCUUCAUCAGUGUAAAGCACUUUGAGUGUUCAGAAGUUUGGAAGUGUUAUAUAAAUGCAAUGAAUGAAUGAAUGAAUUCAAGUUUAUUUGUCACCACUCUCUUAUAUGAAAGCUAUACAUAUAUUUAAAUAUUUGUUUUGUGUGCAGUCUACUAUAUAAUAAGAAUAAUCUUUAUUCUGUCAAAAAUGUAUUGCUUAUAUACUGCCAUUUGGAUUUGAAAUUGUAUUACUGUAGGGGAUAAACUUAUAAAGGCUUGUUCCUGUGAAGGACUCGCAUAAGGGUACAAUAUAGGGGCAGUAGUCAAAUGGAGAUGAACAUGAGAACCUGAUGUGAGCUUUAUGUGGAGUUUUUGUUCAUCUGUCUUAGAGAAGUCACCAACAGACCAUUACUCGUGUUUGACACAUGUAUGCAUUUUUACCUGCACAAUAUAGUAAAUUUAGCAACCCCACUCCCCCCAACACACACACAUGUCAGUUAAUCUCUUCAAGCCCAUGGGUAAUUUCCUAUACAUAUCCCAUGGUCCAAGUCCAAUUAUACAAUGUUUUAUGGAAAGAAAAUCUUUCACACACAUACAUAUAUAUAUAUAUUUUUUUUUAUUGACUCACGUUUUAUAAAUACAGGUAAUGGUAAUACUAAGGCAUGCCCAUUGGCAAUACUGAAAUUAAAACUCUGCCAUUUACUGUACUAUGGUAUCUUUAAUAAAAGUUGUGUGAUAAGUA